CUGUUGCUCCCUUGCUGUGCUGGCCAUGUCUCUUGCAGCCUAUGUGGCAAGUUUGCAACAAGCACAGGUGGCUCUGCGCGGUGAAGGUUCCCCAGGCUCCCGACAGGCCUGGCGGACUCCUGCACCAAGGUUCCAUGCCGAGUUGACAGCAUGCAGACAGACACCACCUGCGAAGCCGCAGAUUCGGCAGACUGGGGCGCUUUCAACGCUGUCCACGCUUUGUGCCAGCGCUGCAAGCGGUGCAAGCGUCUGGCAAUGCCGCCGGAGAAAUCAGGCGCGGAAAGCCACCGGAAGUGCAAGUGGUUCCUCACCUUUGAACUUGGGAAAUGCAAAGCAAGGCGUCCAGGAAAAAACUGAAAAAGCUGAAAGCUCCGACUCUGGCAGCUGGGUGUUGCCAAGUGUUGACAAGGACGUAGGCGAGUACUACGCUGGUCGAGCACCAAACUAUGCCUGGGUGCAGACCAGCGAGACGCUCUACCUGUUCACCCGUUUGCCGGAGGUCGAGCCAGAAGCUGAUGGACCCAGCGUGACUCUUGACCUUCAGCAGGAGGGUACCAUUGUCAGGUUGAUUGUGCAUGGCAAUGCCAUUCUCAAUGGGCGUUUGGCGCAUCAGAUCAAACCUGGAGAACAGAUUUGGAUGGUGGAGGAAGCAGGAGAUGGCAAGGACUACGUCGUUUGUGAGCUUGACAAGUUGACACCUGGAAUCAACUGGGCUUCGGUCAUGGAACCGGAGGUAGAGGCAACAGCUGACUACUCGCAUGCAGUGGUUGAGAUGCCGGAGAUUUUGUCGGAAGAAGAGGAAAAGUUGGUUGGAGAGACGAUUGAGCAUUUGCAGAAGUCUCACCGGAUCUUGGCACCAGUUGAAGGCAGGGCUGCAACAUUUGGCGAUGUCCUCACAGUGGAUAUGCAGGGCUACGAACUCCAGUCAGAUGGAACCCGGGGCGAGCCGCUGGAGAUCGGAUCUGCAACUGGUCUGGAGGUGGAGUUGGGAGCUGGCGGACUCUCCAGAAAGGUGGAAGCCAGCCUUGAAGGGAUUGCAGUGGGUGAGACUCGAGAUGUGGAGGUGACUUUGGGUCAACGUGCUGGAGGUCUUGGCGGG